AUGACUCUAAAGGCGGUUCCAGUGGAUUUCGAGGCAAAGUGGAAAAAUCUUGGUGCUGUAUGCCAAAAUGUGAUAAGAUGUAAAGAUAUUGGUAAUGAUUUGUGGUGCAGAAGCUUCAGUGAUGUAUAUUCCCUUUGUGUAUCCCGUCCUGAAUCUCAAGCCUACAAACUAUACGAAGCUGUAACCGAGAUUUUGAGAGAACGAAUCACCGAAAUACUGAGUGAUCUCUCCAGUACUAAUGAUAAUGAAUUUCUAUUAAUCUAUGCUCGUCAUUGGGACAAUUUUCAAACAGGGUUAAAAUGGCUUGAUAACUUAUUGAGAUUUGUAAAUAGCCAAUAUGUCGCUCCACGGAGGCCAUGCGAGGCUGAUAUGGUUUAUGGUGAUCCGCUUCCUGCUGCUCAGUCACACACUAUGGAAAUUUUGCAAUUAGGAUUGUCUUUAUGGAAAACCAUUCUAAUAGAUGCCUUGGGGCCACGAUUUACUUCUUGUCUUUUAGCAGAAGUUUCGAACGAUCGUCUAGGAAUUGUUUCACACCAGAUUUGUAUUUUACCCUGUUUGGAGUCUUUUCUUCGUGUUGAUGAACUUAAGGGCUUAACCAAAAUUGCUCUUAAUGUUUAUGCUGAUUUAUUCGCUAAGCCAUUAAUUGAGAUAACUCGUAUAUGUUAUUCCGAAUAUACAAGUCGAUCCUGUACGCUACCUUGCACUGAAUUCAUUCUGGAGGCUCUUGAGUUUCUUAAUCAGGAAACUGAGCGCGCUUCAAAAUACUAUCCGUAUUCGCGCGAAGAAAUAAUUAAUCUUUUCAAUGAAAUUUUUGUUCAUGAUCAAUUGGAUUACCUUAAUUCUAAUAUUGGUGAAUUCGUCAAAACAGAACAGAAAGAUGUUCUCCGCAAGUUCUAUCAACUUUUGUCGCCUACUAAUCAGUGUACUGAGUUGAUUAAGCAGUUUGGUUUACAAGUAAAGUCAAAGGUGAACAGUGUUCUAUCUUCAAUUCCUAAUGAUAGAACAGCGCCUUCUUAUUUUGUGAACAACUUGCUGACAAUACGCAAUUACUUCACUCAGUUUAUUGAUCAAGUGUUCGAUGGCACCUCCACCUAUCGUAAUGAAAUGGAUAAGGCAUUUGAACAGGCUAUCAAUUGUUCUUCGUCUUCUGUUUGUGAAUCAUCAGUCCAAAAAUCAGUUGCUGGAAGUCUUUCCUAUCGAUCCCCUCCAUCACCUGUAUCUUCAUCUUCAACAAAACCGUCUUCCAGUGCUCGAAUCACAAACUCGGCUCGUUUGGCGCAAUAUCUAAAUCGUUAUAUGGAUGAAUUGCUUAGACGUCCCGAACAGCAUCCAAUUGAUGAGGAGUUGGAUGAUAAAAUUUCAGCUUCAAUUGUUCUCUUCAAAUACAUAGAAGAGAAGGAUCUCUUCCGACAGUUCUACCAAAAGAGCCUCUGUUAUCGUUUGUUAUUCAAUCCCACAACCACUUUAGAGUUGGAAGAAUCAACAAUCACAAAGUUAAGAGAAGUUUGCGGGUACGAAUUUAUCUCCAAGUUCCACCGUAUGCAUUCUGAUGUGCAAGUGGCCCUAACGUCGAAUGACAAAUUUCGCGCAUAUCUCAAUGAUUCCAAUAUCUCCGUUCCCUUUUCUCAUCACUGCACUGUCCUCACAGUUAGUGCCUGGCCGAUAAACUCCAAGGCACUCAUUAACUUCAACCUCCCACCUUCCGUGGCCGACUAUCUGGCUCACUAUGAAGCUUUCUUUAAGUUGGAGCACGUUGGAAAGAACUUGCGUUGGGUUUUAUCUGCCUGCAUGGUAGAAUCAAAACUUCAUUACACCGACGAUGGGCGUCAAUACAUCCUUCAGUUAACUGCUCUACAUGCGGCAACUUUCUCACUCUUUGAGUUACGAGAUGUAGAUCAAAUGUCACUGGGAGCCCUACGUCUUAAUUUGUUUGGAGAAUCUGUUGUCGAAGAUCCUGAGACCGAUGAGAUUUUGAAGAAGGCAGUGAAACCUUUGGUUGACGCUGGAUUUCUCAAGCUACUUACUCCAGAUGGUCUUUCUCCAACUGAGGAGUUCAAGGAUUCUGUAAUUGUUGCAUUGAACCGGGCCUAUACAAAUCGUCACUCAAAGGUUAAGUUCUUCUACAACCCUGCACUUCUUCUCAACUCAGCCGCUGCACCAGGCUCAAAGGAGGAAGUCGAACAAGUGGAGAAACAAGUUCACGAGGACCGCAAAUUCUUCCUCCAGGCUGCCAUUGUGCGCAUCUUGAAGGCUCGGAAAAUAAUUGGCCAUGCCGAAUUGGUGAAGUGUGUUAUGGUGGAGGCCAGUGAUCGUUUCAAACCCCCUCUUCCUCUUGUUAAACGUUGUGUUGAAGAUUUGAUUGAGAAAGGCUACUUGGAACGCAACCCGAAUGAUGCUGAUCAGUAUAACUACUUGGCCUAA